AUGGAAGUAACACAACGGACGCAGAGUCAGACACAACCAACACAACAGUCACCGACAACUCAGACGCAAACCCAAAGCAAAGAGGACCAGAAUAGGAUUUGUCAAUUGAUUUGCUCCACGGGUCAGUUUGGCAAUUAUGAUUUGAAUAUCAACGAUAAAACUAUCGUACAAGGUAAAAUGACGUGGUAUUUUGGAAGAGACCCCAACUCAGAUUUGCAAGUGGCGUCGUCGUCGAGAAUUUCAAACAAGCAUUUUCAAAUCUGGUUCAACUUCAAUGAUAAAUCACUAUGGAUAAAGGACACUUCAACUAACGGGACACACCUUAACAACAGUCGAUUGGUGAAAGGAUCAAACUACCUUCUUAAUCAGGGUGAUGAAAUAGCAGUAGGGGUUGGUAGAGACGAGGACGUUGUGAGGUUUGUCGUUGUCUUUGGUGACAAAUACAACCCGGCAAAGCUACCUGAUUCGACCAACACAAUUAAAGAUGAAGGAAUAUACAAAGACUUUAUUGUGAAAAAUGAAACGAUAGGCCAAGGAGCAUUUGCCACUGUGAAAAAGGCGAUUGAACGAUCUACGGGCGAGUCGUACGCGGUGAAGAUUAUAAAUCGAAGAAAAGCAUUAAAUACCGGUGGUGGAAGUGCCAUGGCAGGAGUGGACCGUGAAUUGUCCAUAUUAGAGCGGCUCAACCACCCAAAUAUAGUUGCUCUAAAAGCUUUUUAUGAAGAUAUGGACAAUUACUAUAUUGUGAUGGAAUUGGUGCCGGGCGGUGAUUUGAUGGACUUUGUGGCUGCAAACGGUGCAAUAGGAGAAGACGCAACACAAGUGAUCACGAAACAGAUUCUAGAAGGAAUUGCCUAUGUUCAUAAUUUAGGAAUCUCCCAUCGUGAUUUGAAGCCAGAUAAUAUUUUGAUUAUGCAAGAUGACCCAAUACUUGUUAAAAUCACCGACUUUGGAUUGGCAAAAUUCAGUGACAAUCUGACGUUUAUGAAAACUUUUUGUGGUACAUUGGCGUAUGUUGCUCCCGAAGUUAUCACCGGUAAGUAUGGAUCAUCGCAGAUGGAACUGCAACAAAAGGACAACUACUCUUCCUUGGUUGACAUUUGGUCUUUGGGAUGUUUGGUUUAUGUACUUUUAACUUCUCAUUUACCAUUCAACGGGAAAAACCAGCAACAAAUGUUUGCCAAGAUCAAAAGGGGCGAAUUUCAUGAGGCUCCAUUAAAUUCAUACGACAUUUCUGAAGACGGAAGAGAUUUCUUGCAGUGCUGCCUACAGGUUAAUCCUAAACUAAGGAUGACGGCUGCUGAAGCUUUGAAACAUAAAUGGUUGCAAGACUUGUAUGAAGAGGAUUCUGUCAAAUCAUUGAGUUUAUCGCAAUCACAGUCGCAACAAUCUCGAAAGAUAGAUAAUGGUAUCCAUAUCGAAUCAUUGAGCAAAAUUGAUGAAGACGUUAUGCUUCGUCCAUUGGAUAGCGAAAGAAAUAGGAAAUCAAGUAAACAGCAAGAUUUCAAGGUACCCAAGCGUGUGAUUCCGUUAUCUCAACAUCCUGCAACACCGUUACCAAUGUCACAACCGAAAAAGAGGCCGUAUCAAAUAGACCCUAGAACAAACAAAAAAGUCGAUUUGGAAGAACCUCUGACAAGCAAGAAAGUCAAGCUAAGUGAUUCCGUUGUUGCGGAAGACUACUUGAAGUUGGAGCCACUUGCAAAUUCGUUAUUCCAAGAAACAAUAAAUAUUUCAAAGUCCCCGUUUUCUUUCGGAAGAAAUGACACUUGUGAUUGCGAGAUAGACGACGACAGACUAUCCAAACUUCAUUGUGUCAUUACCAAAGAAAACGACUCUAUAUGGUUAUUGGAUAAGAGUACUAACUCGUGCUUGGUCAACAAUACUAGUGUUGGAAAAGGCAACAAAGUUUUGCUUAGAGGAGGGGAGAUAUUACAUCUCUUCUUUGACCCAUUGUCACUGCAACAUAUAGGUUUCAAAGUAGUCCUUGUUGAUCAACUGUCUGGUGAACAUAAGAGUCAAGUGGAGGCUUUGAAACAAACCUCAGAAGAAAUGAAUAUUAUUCCACUUAUUUCGGGUUUAAGUAGUAUAAGUUCAUAG